UCCAGAUGCUGAGGAACUUAAACCAAAGGCUAAAUCCAGACGAAAGAAGGAGACUUGUAGUGUGUACUUUAAAGGUGAAAAGAAAAAUACUCUUAUUUCAGUGUGAAGUGAUAGUGGUAGUAUCAGACUAAAGAAUCUUAUAAUGGCCCAGCAAAAUGGAAGGGGAUGUUGAUUUUUACAAACAUUUUGCAUGGCUUAAAAAGGUCAACGUGCACAGCGCAUGCAGCGGUGAGACCUACCAGGAGCGACUGUCUCGUCUAGAAGGAGAUAAAGAGUCACUUGUGUUACAGGUGAGUGUUUUGACGGAUCAGGUGGAGGCUCAGGGGGAGAAGAUAAGAGACCUGGAGAAUUCUCUUGGGGAAUAUCAGCACAAGCUCAACUCUACUGAGGAGAUGCUUCAACAGGAGUUUUUCAGCAGGAGUUCUCUAGAGUCACAGAAGCUGGGGUUGAUGGAGGAAGUGUCCAGUCUGAAACUGAAGCUGGGGGACAUGGAGGACAAGCACAUCAACAGUGCAGAGAGACAACAUAAAGCUGAGAGUGUAGUGAAUCUGAUUAGUGAGCUUCAGGAGCAGAUGUGUAGGAUUCGUCAGGAGAUCUCCAAUAAAAUCCCAGAGAAGCCAGCAGAGAUGGUCCCAGAGGAUCGCUGUGGCAGUGAGCCAGCACAGGCUUCUCUGACUGAACCGAAGCCGACGAACUUGCUCCAGGAACUAAAAAUGCUCAAGCAUCGAGUUGAGGAGCUGGAGCAGGAGAAAACUCAUUACGAACAGAAGCUCAAGGUGACACAGGCAGAGAUUAUGACUUUACAGCAGCUACUGAACUGUAAAAACUCUGAAAUAGAGAAUCUACAGGCUCAGCUGCUCUCCAGAGCUCCAGUAUCUGUGGACAGCGCUGAAAGAGAGGAGAUAUACAGAAGGAGACUCAACACCAAACACCAAGAGUUACAAAGGUUAAAAACAGGAAUGGAAUCACUUAUUGCUGCCAAUGAUGAAAAGGAUCGUCGGAUUGAAGAGCUCACUCUCCUCCUCAGUCAGUUCAGACAGAUGAAUGAAAUCACGACUUUAGUUCAAGGCACCGAAGACAAAUCAAUACAAAUCAGAAGUGAGGAUGGAAAGCAAAACGGGACUGUAAAAAUGAAGACUCUAAUACAUAAAGCUCAUCCUGAGCUGACCUUCAGCAGCUCAUCUCCUAUACUAUUUUCUUCAGUUUCUUCUCAGAAAGAUACAAACUCCAGGGCUCUCAGUAUAGAAGACUUUAAUGUCAGUUCAACUCCAAAGGCUUUAAAUGGAAAACUGGUAGAGCCUGUUAUGUCAGAGGAGACUGGACCAGCUGAUAACAGACAUCAGACGCUCCCAGCAGUGACUCACCCAGAGAAGAGAGAGAGUGAGACGAGUGACACAUCAGGCCAGAAGACUCCAGAGAAUAAAGAUGAAGACAUCAACCUUAGGAUUACAGAAAAAAUGAAGGACACAACCAAUUCUGAUCUUUCUUCAGUAUCAUCUGGAGCUGAAUCAGGUCAGCAGUCUCCUGUCUCGCAAGAAAAUGUCAAAAACACCAGCAUACGCAAAUUGUGGGGAAAAAUGAAGAGGACAGGUGUGCUGUCAGAUGACUUGGAGCCCACUCAGUUUAAGAGAGGGGGGUUCAGGGCUACAGCUGGACCUCGGCUAACACGAACACCUGAUUCUGGACGCUCAUCUCGUUCACAAACACCCUUCCCUAAGUGGACAACAGAGCAAGUGUGUGGCUGGCUGGAGGACUGUGGUUUGGGUCAGUAUGUCAGUUUGGCCCGUCAGUGGGUGGAUAGUGGACAAACCCUCCUCUCUGCAACUCCACAGGAGCUUGAGAAGGAGAUUUGUGUUAAACAUCCUCUGCACAGAAAGAAAUUGCAACUGGCUCUGAGAGCAUUCAGUAACAAGACAAUGGAGAAAUCUUCUGAACUGGAUCAUAUCUGGGUCACACGUUGGCUUGAUGACAUUGGUUUACCACAGUACAAAGAUCAGUUUUAUGAAAGUAAGGUUGAUGGGCGCAUGCUACAGUACCUAACAGUGAAUGACCUCUUGUUUAUGAAAGUAACCAGUCAACUCCAUCAUCUGAGCAUUAAAUGUGCAAUCCAUGUCCUCCAUGUUAACAAGUUUAACCCAAACUGCUUGAGACGGAGGCCAGGGGAUGAGUACAAAACAUCUCCUUCUGAGGUGGUGCAGUGGUCCAACCAUCGUGUGAUGGAGUGGUUGAGGUCGGUGGAUCUGGCUGAAUAUGCUCCAAACCUGAGAGGCAGUGGUGUUCAUGGAGGCCUGAUUAUCCUAGAACCUCGUUUUCAUUCGGAGACCUUGGCAUUGUUGCUCAACAUCCCUCCACAGAAGACUCUCCUGAGACGCCACCUGGCCACCAAUUUCAACACACUGGUUGGGCUCCAGGCACAGCAGGAGAAACGAGAGUUUGCCAAUGCCAGUGGGCAUGCUCCCCUUACUACCACUGCGAAAGUCAGGCCAAAGAAGCUUGGCUUUACUCACUUCAGACAGUUGAGAAAGCUCAAGAUGGAUGAAUCAGCAGAUUAUAUUUGCCCCAUGGAUACAAGGACCUCACCAGUGCUAAGUGGAACACCAAAAAAGCCUUAUGCAAGCUUCAGGGGGAUCAGCCCUAUCCUAGCCAGAGAAUCAGACAGACUGGAGCAGGUUGGGUCUAAGGGCUGAUUCACUGCUUCUUUAGUUCAGCCUCUUUUAGCCACGUAAUCCCACGGUUAACUCCAUCAGAUGUCAGCAAAAGAGUGACUUUAAUCUGCUGCUUCAGAAACAUCAGAAUUAACAUCAGUUAUAGCAUCUGAUUAUUCUGGAUGAGAUUGGCU